AUGACAACAUUUUCAAUAGCUUCGAUUCUCGGUGAUCAAAAUGAUAAACAUGAAGAAGAAAAUAGUUCAAUAGAAGAACAACAUCAAUUCAUAUUAAACAAUAGUGUACAACAAUUAUAUAAUAUAUUCUGUAAAAAUGCUGCUGUUGCUACACAUUUAAAUGAACAAAAUCAUAAUAAAAUGAAUUCAAUGAGAUCUUUUUCACUUGGAACAACUCCGAAUUGUUCAAAUGAUUUUUAUCAAUUACAUAAACUUCAUGGUGCAUCUUAUCAAGGUCCAACUUUAUCUUAUUAUGGGAAAUCUCGUCGGCCACGUACGGCAUUUACAUCUCAACAAUUACUUGAACUUGAAAGACAAUUUCGAGAAAAUAAAUAUUUAUCGAAAUCUAAACGUUUUGAAGUGGCUACAUCUUUAAUGUUAAGUGAAACACAAAUAAAAAUAUGGUUUCAGAAUCGUCGAAUGAAAUGGAAACGUAACAAAAAAAUACCAUCCGGUACUUCAGAAGAAUCACCAACACCAAUGCUUAUCAAAGGAGAACCGUCCGAUACGGCUGAUUCAACAUCAUCAUUAGUUACUAUGAGCCCUACUUAA